AUCGAUUAUCGAUAGGCCGACUUAGGAAAAUCCCGAUAUCGAUAACAGCGGCUGAAGAAUUUAAGAAUUUCUUAAAUAUAUAUUGUUUAAUAUCUAAGCAUUUUCAAGGAAUGAGUUUAAGCGACUGCAACAAUAACUAUAUAUAUUUGACGGGCAGCGAGGAUUACGCCCUUAAUUUGGCAAAGCUAUGCGAACGCUUUGCCACCAAAGAAAAGCGCGUUUUACUGAUCACCAGUCGCCAGCAGGGAAUGGCGAAGCGUUAUCCAUGGGAGGAGGCCCAUAGCUGCAGCAAAUACCUGACCAUUCUGCAACUGGUGGACGUGGAGAGCACCCCGCUCCGCAUGCUGGAAAUGCAGGAUAGCGCCGAGUCCUUGCGCAGUCCCGAUUUGAUAGUCUUUGACCUGCAGUCCCUCGUCUUGGAUGCACUACUGCGGCCCGUGAUGCAGCAGUGCUCCACGGACAAAAUGGUCCGACACAUUGCCAAGUGCUCCGCGUCCUUUGUGAAUUACCGCGAGAUCCUGGCCAACAUGGCGGAACAGAAGGCGGGCAAAUGCAUCGACACCAUUGUGGUCAUGUCGCAGGAGCCGUAUCCCAUGUCAGCAGCGCAGUUCAAGCUGCUCAUUGGACUCUAUUUUCACGGCAACGAGUGCCACACGAACUUCGCCAAGCUCUCGGCCAAGAUUAUGGUCUCGCAGAGAUUCGCCUAGACGGAGGACAGGAGUUUGCAACCACUGCAGUGCCUUACAGAGCUCCACAUCUUGGUAACCAGUUCCUGAGUCUAAACCUAGCUGACAGUAUAAUAAUCUUAGUUAUUCACCGUGUGCUCUUGCUUCUCAAUCAAUGAGCUACUUAAACUCCCCUUCUGUACGGUUAAAACAGGAAAACUGGAAAGAAUUUUCCAAUCGCGAACGAAUCGAAUUUUGAGUUUUCUCUAUAAGAACCAGCAGUUAAUGGAACCGAAUCUCCAUUUUAUUGACUUGAAAGCUAUGUAAAUUGCCUUCUUAAAAGAUAUACCCACAUGGAGUUUGUUGUUAGGCUAAAGAAGUGUCGAAUAUUUAUGAAAGUAAGUUGUUAAAAGGUAAUGCACGCCAUAUUAUAUGAGAAUAUAAUACUACGACAGUGCGUACCUUUCGAAAGAACUUAAGAACUACAGUACGUUGAAAAUAUCCCCCUACAUGGCAUCCAUGCAAAUCGUUACACGAAAGCCAAGAAAUCGAAUGCUCGAUCAAAUAUAAGACUUUAUUAUAGCAUACUAUUUAGUCUAAACGGGAUUAAAACUACCAAAAAAAAAUUGCUGAUAUUUAAUUAUAAUAUACAUACAUAUAACAAUAAUAAUAAUAAUUAUGCUAAACGGAAAUCUCAAUUUAAGGGAAUUUGUGUAAAAUAAAAAAAAAAUUUCAAAAUUUAAAA